AUGGCUGCGUUGGUUCAAACGAUUCCCCAGCAGAACGGCACCGUCACUCUCCUCCAAACCCGGCCAUCUUCAGCCUCUGGUCACAGCAGCUUCGUCUCGGCGUCUCAGGUUUCCCAGCCUCAGUUCAAUCGUGGCCACGCCAUGUCGUUCAGCUCCUACAAUGGCGUCAACACGUCUGGCCCCAAUAGAGCCUCGGUCGCUCCCUACGCCUUUACCAGCACUCCAGGCCUGGUUGCUGCCGCCGGCAACGCACCCCAACGACAGCCUCAGACUUAUGCGUCGGCCGUGACGCAAAAUGGUGCUCCCCAGCACUUGUCCCAUUUCGCAGCUGGUUCUGUGUCCUCAUCAUCGACUUCUUCCAACUCCUCCUCCCGCCCUUCAUAUAUCUCCCAAGACGACAGCAUUCUCUCCUCGCGACGACGUCAAGCCGACACAGCACCUCGUCCGUUGUCGACAGUGAAUCUGCCCUCCCAAUCACCGUUCCUGAAUCUGUCCUCGCCCGCCACGACCAAGACCACGAAGCCCUCGCCCGACCGUUAUCGCCGGGGUAAGCGUUCUCAGGACACCAACACAGCCCAGCCUGCCGUUGCAAUACCGACUCGAUCUUCGUCAUACGACCCUGCAGCAGCCACGACUAUCUCGCAACCGUCCCGGCCAACUAUCGCUGGCCAUGUUCGAGUUCCGAGCGCGGACGACACCCGCGUUGAGAAGCCAACCAACCCCGACAUAGCAAACCGAUAUCGUCGCCGGAGCUGGGCCAGCAUCGAUGCUGCCGGAGCCCACGCUCAGGAACCACCCUCUCCUUCUUUCUUUUCUCCCUUGCCCGAGCUAAAAUUCGACAACGAACCGACUCGUCCAGCAUCUUCCUAUUCACAAAGGAACACUUCAUCGGAGAGCGUCCAUUCCGACCACAAAGGCUCCGCCGGCACUUCACAUAAUCCUUCCCCGUUAUCAAACCAAAUGAUUCCCGAAACGCCUACAUCUCCAGCGCUCAAGACUAGCCCUGAGAUUGCUCACAGUCCUGCGGCACAGCGGCUGGCCGAUAUCAGCAAAAUGAGCGGCAAGAAGCCUGGCAAGUCCCGUCUUCGAAGAGCCUUUUCCUUUGGAAGUGCGGCAGAACUUCGUAAGGUAUCGGCCCAAAACUCCAUGGGAAGCCAUAUUGAUCAGGACCCAACCGGCGAAGAGUUGGACCCGGAACAAGCCGCUAUUGCCGCACGGCAAGAAGCCAACGGUCUUGGAAACAGCAUUUAUACUCACCAGUUGGGGUCCACGGAUAACCUUUCAAUCUCCUCGACAGCCUCAUCGGCAUCGAUCAUGCUCCGAAAAAUGGGCCGGGGCAUGAAAAAGUCCACUCGCUCGCUUGUUGGACUGUUUCGUCCAAAAUCAAUUUCAAACAUGCAGACUGAUUCUGUGACAGUCGAGCCGACUGCCCAGGUGUCGGUUGUCAACAUUGAAGCUGAACGGAAGACGGUCGUUGCCAAUCCGGAUCCUCAUGACCAAAGCGGCGGCGGAACUGUUUUUCCCAAGAUUCAAGCGACCAAGAUCCAGGCCCCCUUGGUAUCAGAGCCUGCUUCUAACGAUGGGAACAAUUCUCGCAAGAGUAUCCUUGGGGGAGAGCGUGAGCGUGCAGAAGUUUUGGCUGCCGUGAAAAAGGGCAUUUUGAAACGUUCUGGCAGCUCCUCUCCUGUUGUCAGGCCCACGGAGCCAACUCGGCCAUAUACUGGGGACUCGCCAAACUCGAGCGCCCCUAGCACUCCAGACGAGCAAUCACACCGUAUCGGACACCGACGAACGGAUACGGUCAAGAUUGAAGGCGAAGACUACUUUUUGCAACCGGGGAAGCUUAACCCUGACUCCAAGAGUGCUCCAGGAACACCACAACCAGUGGUGAGCAGGAGCAUUGUGUUUAGCCCGCGCAUCCAAUUCCACGAGACUUGGCCAAGUGGCGAAUACGACCGGCGUGGAGAAAUCGCAACUUGCAACAAGUUGACUCCUCUUUUGGCUCAGCAGAUCAAGGAGGAGCUGAAUACCUUCAAAAUGGAAAUGGAGGUUCAUGAGACAUCAAAAGUCUACACGCAUUUCCUUUAA